CCGGGCAGAGCUUAAUCCCUCCACUUCUGGGGCCUGAUGUGUCCACCAACUCCUCUGCAGAUCCUAAUGCUGCAGAUUGCAAAGCAGGAGCUGGAGCGGGAGGCGGAGGAGCGGCGCGGAGAGAAAGGACGCGCUCUGAGCAUCCGUUGCCCGCCUCUGGAGCUGGCUGGGCUGGGCUUCGCCGAGCUGCAGGACUUAUGCCGACAGCUCCACGCCCGGGUAGACAAGGUGGAUGAAGAGAGAUAUGAUGUGGAGGCAAAAGUUACUAAGAACAUAACAGAGAUUGCAGAUCUGACCCAGAAGAUCUUUGACCUUCGUGGCAAGUUUAAGCGGCCCACUCUGCGAAGGGUGCGGAUCUCUGCUGAUGCCAUGAUGCAGGCAUUGCUUGGGACCCGGGCUAAGGAGUCCUUGGACCUGAGGGCUCACCUCAAGCAGGUGAAAAAAGAGGACACUGAGAAGGAAAACCGAGAGGUGGGAGACUGGCGUAAGAACAUCGAUGCACUGAGUGGAAUGGAGGGCCGUAAGAAAAAGUUUGAGGGCUGAGCCUGCCUGCUCUCCACCCAGCUCUCAGAGUGGCCCUGAGAAAUAAAGCUUCUCCCUGAGC